CCCCCAAUAAUGGAGGCCCGGCUUCCGCUUUACUCAGUCUGAGAUUUUGUAUGAAGUGUAGAUUAUUAUUAAUAAAAUAUCAUUUCACUGAAAAUGGAGUGUGCAUUUGUGGGCAAGUUCUGUAGUACAUUGUUGGUGAAUUCAAGGAGGCUCAAGAUUAAGAGAAGAACGGAAAUGAGAAGUCACAGCAAGUUUUACUCCUCUAAAUUCAAGAUUACAUCAGUGCUUUCUCAAGCAAAUCAUAAUCCUUCUUUGCAGGUAGCUACGGAAAAACAGGGAAGUCCAGCUGGUUUUGGUCUUGGAGAAUGGGUUUGGCCUUCUCCUGGGGAUGAAAUCCCAUUUUGGAUGAACAAAUUUCCCUCGACAGAUGUCAGCCCAGAAGUUUCAGCUGACAUAGAGAAGGACUCCAAUCUUUUGCACAUUAUUCAUGUUACAGCUGAAAUGGCACCUAUAGCGAAAGUUGGCGGUCUUGGUGAUGUUGUAACUGGAUUGGCCCGGGCAUGUUUAUCAUGUGGCCAUACAGUAGAUGUAAUGCUCCCUUUCUAUGAGUGCAUCCAGAGACAGGAGAUCAAAUGAUUUGGAAUUGAUCACGACAUAUAAAUCUUAUCAUGAUGGUGAUUGGGUUCCAAUAAAAGCCUACCGCGGGUUAGUCUCGGGAAUCUCGGUGAUAUUUAUUGAAUCGUCAAAUUAGUUCUUCAAGGGGCAAUAUGUCUAUGGGGUUUCAUACAAUGAGCUGGAGGCAUACCUAUUUUUAAGUUGUGCUUGCCUGGAAUGGAUGCAGGUUUGUGAAUUGG